AUCGUCCGGUACAAAAUGAUGACAUCAUACUACGUAACUGUGCAUACAUGGCGUCGAAAUAAGAGGAAGAAGUACAUUUAUAUAGCAGGCCAAAGUACAGCAGUAACUGAUGUACUCACUAUUAUUUGUACGCGGCAUACAUUAGACUAUAAACAUCUUAAAGCUGGACUCAUUUUACCAUCGCUUAUUCCCCUCACCCCGGAAGAAAAAUGAACAAAACGUAGAUCAAACAGGAGCUGAGGCCGGACAAACCAUCACGGAAGUAUCCUAUCUUCGUACUGUAAUUGAGUUUUCGGUCACAGCCUCGCUAGAAAUAUAACACCAACGAUAUGGGUGUCGGUGAGCGAAGAGGAGGACGUCGAGCUGGAGGUCGUCGACGUGCAAAUCAUCGUCGUAAUCACCGCAAUAAUCGACAUAACCGUCGCCGUCGACGUCAUCAUGGCGGUGGUGCCAUCUUCGCGGUUCGAUGGGGGAAUCGAACUGGUACUGCUGGCACGAGUGGGGAAACUGGAGCGGCCGUCACUCCGAGGUCCUAUCCCCUCCUGGUGAUAUUUUCCGUGAUCGCCUUUGUCGGCAUCUGCAUGGGCAUGACGAUGUUGACUGUUGGAGGAUGGAAUGAUUCUUCCGUCGGCAUUGCCGGUAUCGUCAUCCUCAGCAUUAGCUCCUUGAUCGCUGUAAUUGUCGGCGUUAUGCGAUGUCACUUGAUGAAGAAAUAUCAGACUUCAGACGCCCAAGAGCAUGCAGGAGAGUUGGAAGCUGGGACAGUGAACCCUAAUAUGAUAGCCUCCAAUGAGACUUUGGAAGGAGAAGGCGCCACAGUUUCACAAGCUAAUGAGACGACAUCGUAUAUCGUCCAAACAGGUGCGCCGCCGUCUGUAGGAGUUGCCAUGGGAACGCAGCCCGGGUAUCCAUUAGGCCCCGCCCAGCCUUAUCCACCAUAUGCAACUAACUACCUAGGGGCAACUUUAUAUCCUCCCGACCCCAGCGGACCUCCUCAGUACCCACCCGCUACCAACUCACAGCUACACCUAUACCUUACCCCCAACCGGGAGCGCUUCCAGUGA